UCUCAACCAACUGAGCCACCCAGGUGCUCCAACACUUAGUUUUAGGUGUGUUGAGUUUUACUAGCUGGUGGCAUAUCUUGGUAGAAGGGUCUAGCAAGACAUUUCAAUUCUGCUACUAAUGCUUGAGAGUGAUUAGGUCUAGAGAGGCAGAUUUAAAUUCUUCCACCUAGAAAAUGUGGUUCAAACACAGGGAAUGGGAGUUAGGGAAAGAGUGCAUGUGAAGAGAAAAGGAAAGGGAGAUGGGAGGACAAGGGGGAGUGGAAGAACCCAGAUCAAGAGUUUUCUCUGAAGAGAGGAUUUGAACAGAGACGUGAUGGUCAGCAGUGCCAUAAUCUGAUUAUGCUGGGGAGACCUGUAUAGGUUGUAAGAGCAGGUGGAGUGGGACACCUGAAAGUGAAGAAAUGGAUCAAAGUCCGAGGAGUCGCAGAGAAUGGGAACAAAAACACAGGAAGAGAUAGAGACCUUCUGCGACUCAUCAAAAGAAGAAAAGAAGAGGAUCAUCUAUCUAUCCUUUGGUGCAGGCAAAAAAGCAAAUAGCAACUGAUCAGGAACUAAUGUUCUAGAAAUUAAUGAGAUUAAUCUUCAAUCAUAGGGGAAGAAUGGCAUUGAAGCAGAUUUCCAGCAACAAGUGCUUUGGGGGGUUGCAGAAAGUUUUUGAACAUGACAGUGUUGAACUGAAGUGCAAAAUGAAAUUUGCUGUCUACUUACCACCAAAGGCAGAAACUGGAAAAUGCCCUGCACUGUAUUGGCUGUCUGGUUUGACUUGCACGGAACAAAAUUUUAUAUCAAAGUCUGGUUAUCAUCAAGCUGCCUCCGAACACGGCCUUGUCAUCAUUGCUCCAGAUACCAGCCCUCGUGGCUGCAAUAUUAAAGGAGAAGACGAGAGCUGGGACUUUGGCACCGGUGCUGGGUUUUAUGUGGAUGCCACUGAAGAUCCUUGGAAAACGAACUACAGAAUGUACUCUUACGUAACUGAGGAGCUUCCCCAACUCAUUAAUGCCAAUUUUCCAGUGGACCCCCAAAGGAUGUCUAUUUUUGGCCACUCCAUGGGAGGCCAUGGAGCUCUGAUUUGUGCUUUGAAGAAUCCUGGAAAGUACAAAUCCGUGUCAGCAUUUGCUCCCAUUUGCAACCCAGUGCUCUGUCCUUGGGGCAAAAAAGCCUUUAGUGGAUAUUUGGGAACAGAUCAAAGUAAAUGGAAGGCUUAUGAUGCUACCCAUCUUGUGAAGUCCUACCCAGGUUCUCAGCUGGACAUACUAAUUGAUCAAGGGAAAGAUGACCAGUUCCUUUCAGAUGGACAGUUACUACCUGAUAACUUCAUAGCUGCCUGUACAGAAAAGAAAGUCCCUGUUGUUUUUAGAUUACAAGAGGGUUAUGAUCAUAGCUACUACUUCAUUGCAACCUUCAUUACUGAUCACAUCAGACAUCAUGCAAAGUACCUGAAUGCAUGACAGACUUCAGAUAAGAGAAUUUGUUCAAGAUUAUAAAAAGGGAAAAAAUGAUUUCAAGACAUUGGAUUUCAUAGUGCUAAAAAUGCAUCAUUCCAUUGUUGAAUCACUUUCUGCAUAAAUAUGUAAAACCUGCUUAUGAUUUAAAAGUUAUUUUACCAGUGUUCAUAUGGGAAAUAUUUCAUACUUUACAGCUUUUUCAAGGUCAUUUGGAAAUCAUUGUUGUAUUAACCUCAGGCCACAGAAUAUAUGAAUAUAAUCCCAUUUAAAUCAUAGAAUGCUAACUCAGGAAUGGGUUUUAGAGGUAAUUUAGCCUAAACCCCUCAUUGUGCCAGACUUGAAGUCUGUGAAAGCAUGGAUUGUCUUCAUUAUGUUCAGUGUUCUAUCUCUACUAGCAACUACUUGGCUUCUAGUAGGCAUUUAAUAACUCUUUGUUGUUAAAUAAGAAAGUAGGCUCAAAAAGGUUAAGUAAAUUCCCCAGUGACCCAGUUAUUUGUGGGACAGCUAAGAUUAGAAGCCAGAUUUCCUAAACCCAAUCCAAUGGUAUUUCUUUUCUUAUCUAUUAAGCCAAACAGAUUUGUGGACAUUGAUUUCUGGACCCUCCCAAGAGACAAGAAUUAAAUAAUAAGAUUCAGUCUGAAAAUAGAUGUAUAAGGGAAGUUGUUUCUGUAAACACAGUAUUUUCCUUUAGUUACAUGCAGAAAUUUAGCUUGGUGAGGUCACCAAGAAAAGUAAUCAGUCUCUUUGUAAAUACCAAAUUGUGUUCCUUUAAGAAUGUAAUGAAUAAACUUUUGAAACAUGA